GUCGUGAAUGAAAGAAAGACGCCUGGAGAUGCAGAGCAGUAGGGAGUUUAGGAAAGUGCCUGACUUGGGUCCUCGAAAGUACCCAGCGACUGCCUUGGUAUUUAUCCCCCUUUAAGCUUUCCUAUGCCCUUCGUUAACACACGUCUCUGCAAAACAAGAGAUGUGAUGGCAACAGUCUUUGGUGGCCUGUUUUGGAUCAGGCUCUGGGGUGGCCGCCCCUAACUGCGGGGUCCUCUAGGCAGCGGAAGCCUGCGGAAGGCCGUGGCGAUGGCGGCCGGGCCGGGUGGGUCGCUUGUGCCGGUCUUCGGGCUGCGGUUGCUGUUGGCGACCGUGCUUCAAGCGGUGUCUGCCUUUGGGGCAGAGUUUUCAAAGGAGUCAUGCAGAGAGUUGGGUUUUUCCAGCAACUUGCUCUGCAGCUCUUGUGAUCUUCUCGGACAGUUCAACCUGCUCCAGCUAGAUCCUAAUUGCAGAGGAUGCUGUCAGGAGGAAGCACAAUUUGAAACCAAAAAGCUGUAUGCAGGAGCUAUUCUUGAAGUCUGUGGAUGAAAAUUGGGAAGGUUCCCUCAAGUCCAAGCUUUCGUCAGGAGUGAUAAAACCAAACUAUUCAGAGGACUGCAAAUCAAGUAUGUUCGCGGAUCAGACCCUGUGUUAAAGCUUUUGGACGACAAUGGGAACAUCGCUGAAGAGCUCAGCAUCCUCAAAUGGAACACAGACAGCGUGGAAGAAUUCCUGAGUGAAAAGUUGGAGCGCAUAUAAGUCUUGCUUAAAAUAGGUCCUAUCCUUUUGUUACCUUAUCAAAUGAAAUACUACUGCACCUAGAAAAUAUUUAGUUUUGCUUGCUUCCAUUGAUCAGUCUUUUACUCUGAGGUAUUAAACAUUUAAUUAGAUCUUGAAGUGGCAGCACAGCCCAUGAUAUCUAAGAAGACAGCAAGCUUGACAAAGCUCAUUGUUUAUAAAUCUCCAUCCGUUUGCAUUUGUUGAUACCACGAACAGAAUGCUUUGUAACAGGCUUGUGGUUAAUUAUACAAAUUAUAGUUUGUGAUCAUUGUCCAGCUUUAUGAACAACUGGUUUUUAAAUGAGGGAGGUUAAUAAGACAGAUGAUGACGAUGCCUCUUGUGCUGUGUGCUCUUUGAAAGUAAUGACAGAAAACUAGAGCAAGUAAGAAACACCAAGCCUCAGUAGGUUGCCAGCUCCACAGAGUGGCUCAUAUUUUUUGUAUUGCCCAGCUUUCUUUUUAAUAAAAAUGUCAUUUAUAGUUUAUAAUGAAUGCAUUGCAUAAAAACUUUGUGGCUUCAUUAUUACAAAACAGAUCCAAAAUCUACAGUAAGAGUGAACAUUCACAGAGAUUUGCAUCAAUGAAGACUACACAGAGAACCUUUCUAAGGAUUUGUGUGGAUCUGAUAUUUGGCAAAUGUUUGAGUUUUACACUCUUAUAGGAAAGUCCAUUUUAAAAUGAUCAUUUGUAAGACCAAAAUAUAAAUAAAAAGUUUCAAAAAAUCUGUCUGAA